AUGUCCUACUCCCCCGAAGCUAUCAGCCGACCGGGUCCUUCUCCCGAGCGGGCCGCCGCACAAGACACGUCGUCCAGCUCAUCCGGGUCGUCGAGCUCCAGCUCAAGCGGAUCGGGGAGCUCCGACGAGGAAGAAGAAGGAACCACGUCGGGGAGACAAGGAUCCCCGACCGAAGGCGUUAGGGAAACGCCCACUCGGGUGGUUGGGGACCACCCGAGUCCGGCCCCCGAGCCGACUGAAGAGGACACGGCCGGGCCAGCCGCCCCAGCCGUCGCGGAGUUCGAGUUCUUGAACAGCGAGAACGUCGAACAGCAAAUGAGCCUGCUUACCAAGGGCGAGGCGGCUAGGAUCGCCGAAAGGCUUGUGGCCCGGGGAACAGAGAUCGAGGAAGAGCUGAUCGUCUCGUUCGGUCGCUGGGGCUUCACGGCCGGGAAGCGGAAGAUGCUCGAACGAGUCCGUUCUCGGUUGGAACAGGCCCUGGACGGGGAAGACCUUCAGCUGGUCCUCUCGGCCUUACCCCCAGACCUAGCCGAUCCCGGUCCUUCUCCGUUCGCCCCAAAAGCCAAGGCGGCCGAGCCUGGAGCGUUGUCGGCGGCCCCUCCAAGCGGGAAGGAAGCGGCUGCUGGAGCCCGGGAGGCAAAGAAAUAG